CCGUCGCGCUGUUGCUGUUGGCUGUGGUCUUGUACACCGGGGCAGCGGUUGUCCCGCGCCGUCCCACGGUUCAAGAGGGGGACGACGUAUUCGUGACUGUGGAGAACGGAGUUCUGAGGGGCGUUGUGGCCACAUCACUGAACGGCGGCGCUCUCUACAACCAGUUCCUGGGCGUACCAUACGCCACAGCGCCGCUGGGAGAUCUGCGAUUCCGUGCUCCGCAGCCAGCGGCCUCGUGGUCCGGUAUUCGAGAUGCUCUGUCCUUUGCCGACAUGUGCACUCAGCCCGGCCUUAUGGGCUUGUUGCCCAAUGCUACCGGCUCCGAAGACUGCCUCUACCUGAACGUCUACGUACCGGCUGCGGCGAGUGGUCCUCUGCCAGUCAUGUUUUACAUCCACGGCGGCGCCUUCAAGUUUGGAUAUCCCUUCUUCAGCAAUCCGGACUACUUAGUGGAGAAGGGUGUUGUGUUGGUCACAAUCUCUUAUCGCCUUGGCGCCCUUGGCUUCCUGAGCCUGAUGAACGACGACAUCCCGGGCAAUGCGGGGCUCAAAGACCAGGUGCUGGCGCUGCAGUGGGUGCAGAGAAACAUCGCGGCCUUCGGUGGAGAUCCCAGCAAGGUCGCCAUCUUUGGGGGGAGUGCAGGAGCUGGCUCCACAUCACAUCUCUUCCUCUCGCCGGUGACCGAGGGGCUCUUCAGCGAAGUGAUUAUGGAGAGUGGGGUGGCAACAGCCCCUUGGGCGCUGACGGACAAGCCGCGCGAGAGGGCUUACCGCAUGGGAGAGGCGCUCGGCUUCCAGACGCAGGGCGAUAACCACACUGACGACGGCGACGCGCGACUGUCUGCCUUCCUUCGCGCCGCCAACGCCUCCGACCUCGCCAGGGAUGACACUAUCGCCCUCAUGGAAUUCGAGAAGCGCUGUCCCCUGCCGCUGGCUUUCCUGCCCGUCGUGGAGCCGCCAUCGGACUCUGCGGUGAUCGUCGAGCCUCCAGCGGACAGGCAGCUACAACCGAGUACCCAUCAUGCUGGGCGUCACCUCCGGAGAAGGAUUAGUCAUACUUGGAAACUCCAAACUGCUGACGGAGGCGGGAGUCGCCGACAUGAAGGAGAACUUCACGGCAAUGAUCGCUCCUCAGCUGCCGCUGCCCACGGAGGAACAGCGGACUCGUGCGGCGGAACAGCUGGAGCAGUUCUACUUUGGGGACGAGGGCUUCUCUAUGGAGCAGAUGCAGUCCGUUAUUGAUGUAUGCAACAUGGAGGAGAAGGUUCAUAUCUAUUUCCGAGCGUCUUACUUGGACCAGACACGGACCCUAAUUCCAACGAUGGGAAGGUAGCAGAUCAGUUGACAAGAAUAUGGACCAAUUUCGCUGAAUAUGGCGAUCCAGCACCAUCUGGAAAUCCGGCAGUGUGGGAGAGGUUCACGGCAAAUGCUACCAACUAUCUGGAUAUGGAACUGGAAUUUGCGACACGUCAAGACAUGCUGAAGGAACGGAUGGAUUUCUGGAGAGAACUUCUAUCGUCACAAUGAGUUCCAUGCUGUGGUACACAUUGUU